AACACACAACAAUUUCCACAUUACGAGACAAACUGAUACCACAAUAAAUUAAUGCGUUUCUUCUCGUGCAUCCUGCACUAAUGUCUAAGAUUAUGUUAUAUGGCUUCAUUUUAGUUCAAAAUUGCAGUGCAUGUUUGCAGAGAGGAUCGUCAUGCAUCCACUUGAUUUGGUGCUUAUUCAUGCUCCCCUAAUUAUUAAAUAGUGGGAUAAACCUGCAGGAAUUUUUGUAAGCAAAUGGAUGUUCUUGGCAAUGCUGCAAGGAAUUAAUUGAAGAAUGAAUAAGAAGACUUAAACAUGGAAAUGGAGCAACAAGAAUUAGAGUUAAAAACUAUUUAUUGUUACCUCCAUGCAUGUUGACUCAUUUGACUACGUUGCCGAAGCACGGUUCCUUUUCAAGUACUCAAAGUCACAACAUGGCACUCUUCUAUCUGUCAUCCUACACAAUGUCCAUCACUUUCUUCAUUGCUUUUCUCAGUGCUCUACUUAUUCAAGCUCAGGAUCAAUUAGGAUUCAUCAGCAUAGACUGCGGAACUCCACAAGAUGAGAACUAUACUGACCCAUUUACAGGCAUAAAAUAUAUUUCAGAUGCAAAUCUUAUAAAUACUGGUGUGAGUAAGCCAAUAGUAGAACUCGGAUAUAUAAAUUACCGACAAAUGGAGACCGUGAGAAGCUUCCCGGAAGGAAAAAGAAACUGCUUCAAAAUAAACAUCACAAGAGGCUCCAAAUAUCUGAUCCGGGUGAUUUUUUUGUACGGAAAUUAUGAUCACCGAAGCAAGCUACCACAAUUUGAUGUUUAUAUCGGGGCUAACCGGUGGUGUACAGUGACUAUAGCAAAUUCAACCAGUGGCAAAAUGAAUGAGAUCAUACAUGUACCUUCUCAGGAUUACGUACAAAUCUGUCUGGUUAACACAGGCAAUGGGACACCAUUUAUAUCAGCUAUAGAAUUGAGGACUUUGAACAAUAAAACAUACGACACUCAAUUUGGAUCACUGGAAACUUACGGCCCCCGGUACGAUUUAGCUUCAAACACAACCUACAGGUACAAGUACGAUAUUUAUGAUCGCUACUGGUAUCCCCACGAAUUCGACCAAAGUUGGACACCACUACAAAAUGAUUCGAUUACUGAUGGUUCUUUACGCCAGAAUGAUUACCAUCCAGCAGCUAUUGUCAUGAGCACAGCAGUUACACCAGCAAAUGUUAGUGCUCCAUUGGUAAUAAGAUGGGAGCAACUUAGUCCAGAUGAUAAAUUCAUUGUUUACUUGCACUUCACGGAGAUUCAAGGGUUAGCAGCGAAUGAGACAAGGGAAUUCAACAUCUUCCUGAAUGGAAAGCUAUUGCGUCAAAAUUUUUCUCCACCGCAUAUGGGUGUCAAAACUAUUUAUACCGACUCACCCAUCAGUGGGGAAUCAGAAAUUAAAAUUUCACUUGAGAUGACCGAAAAUUCAACCUUGCCUCCUAUCAUCAGUGCCACUGAAUUUUACAGAGUAAACAACUUCCAGCUUUCAGAUACAUUCCAAGGAGAUGUUGAUGCGAUUACAAGCAUCAAGUCAGUUUAUGAAGUGACAAGAGAUUGGCAAGGUGAUCCAUGCCUCCCGAAUGACUACUUGUGGGAUGGUCUGAAUUGUUCUUAUCGCGGAAAUGGCUCCCCAAGAAUCACAACUUUGAAUUUAUCUUCAAGUAGAUUGUCAGGAAAGAUAGACCCUUCAAUUUCAAAGCUCACUAUGUUGGAGAAGUUGGAUUUAUCAAACAAUAGCUUAAACGAUGAACUUCCUGAUUUUCUGUCUCAAUUACAACACUUAAAGAUAUUAAACUUGGAGAACAAUAACCUCUCUGGUUCAAUUCCCUCUGCACUGGUUGAAAAAUCUAAGACAGGUUCCCUUUCACUAAGUGUGGGCCAAAAUCCAUAUCUAUGUGAAUCUGGUCAUUGCAAUGAGAAUCUAUGUGAAUCUGGUCAUUGCAAUGAGAAGAACAUCGUUACGCCCUUAGUAGCGUCAAUAAGUGGGAUUUUGAUUCUUCUAGUGGCCGUGGCAAUAAUGUGGACUCUUAAAAGGAGAAAAUCAAAAGCUUUAAUGGAAGAAAGGGAUCAAAAUAAAAUGUCACGGCAAUACACAGAACCAGACGAUUCAUUUCGACACCCCAAAAAACAAAUAUAUUCAUACUCUGAUGUCCUUAAAAUCACCAACAAUUUCAAUACAAUUGUUGGAAAGGGAGGAUUUGGAGUUGUUUAUCUGGGCUACAUCGAUGACACUCCAGUGGCAGUGAAAAUGCUUUCUCCUUCGGCUGUUCAUGGUUAUCAACAAUUUCAAGCAGAGGUUACACUUCUAGUGAGAGUUCAUCACAAAAAUUUGACCUCCCUUGUUGGUUAUUGUAAUGAAGCAAACCACAAGGCUCUCAUAUACGAGUACAUGGCUAACGGAAACUUACAUGAACAUCUCUCUGGUAAUUACAGCAAAUCAAAAUUCUUGAGCUGGGAAGACAGACUUCGUAUAGCAUUGGAUGCAGCCUCAGGAUUGGAGUAUCUGCAAAAUGGUUGCAAGCCACCUAUAAUCCAUAGAGAUGUAAAAUCUACAAACAUACUGUUGAAUGAACACUUCCAGGCAAAAUUAUCUGAUUUUGGUCUAUCCAAAAUUAUCCCAACUGAUGGGGGAUCUCAUGUGUCAACUGUUGUUGCUGGUACUCUAGGUUAUCUGGACCCUCACUACUCCAUAUCCAGUAGAUUAACAGAAAAAAGUGAUGUUUAUAGUUUUGGAGUAGUUCUUUUGGAAAUAAUCACAAAUCAAGCAGUAAUAGCAAGGAAUCAAGAAAAGGGUCACAUAAGCGAAAGGGUUAACUCUUGGAUUGCGAAAGGGGAUAUCAAGGGCAUAGUUGACUCAGGGUUAGAAGGAGAUUUUGACAUUAACUCAGCUUGGAAAGCGGUAGAAAUAGCAAUGGCUUGUGUGUCUCUGAUUCCAAACGAAAGGCCAAUGAUGAGUGUGGUAGUGGUUGAACUAAAGGAGGCUUUAGCAACAGAAUUAGCUCGAACAAAAAAUAAUAGUGGUGUUAAUUCCAGGUAUUCGGUUGAAUCGGUCAACGUGAAUCUGGACACCGAAUUCAUGCCCCUAGCUAGGUAAAUGGUUGCCCAAAAUAAGAAGAAUAAGUUAAUGAAAUCAAGGGGAAGUGAUGUUGCACGCAGGAGAAGUUGCUUUACUUAAUUUGCUUGUUUUUUUUUUUUUUUUUUUUUUUUUUUUUUUUUUUUUUUUUUUCCUACUGUUGUUUGUAUAAAUGCUACACCUAUAAGAAGUUGGCGGGUAGGUGCUUUACUAUGUUCUUUCCUUUUCUCAGCGAUAUUUGUUUCUAUAACUUCUACGGAUUCUCAGAUGGGGAGAAAUUUAAUCGGUGGUUUUGUAAUUCAUGGUACCUUAUUAAUAUAUACUU